GCCAGUGACACAGACAGGCAGCGCGCCAUGUCACUGCAAAGUACGAAUGAGACCACGGAUAUUUGUGGCGCUCAGUGGCUCCUGCUCUGGACCACUGCCGCAUAUGCGCCAGAGAUGCCAAAGAAGGAUGAGCAGGAAGCCUUGGAGACCUUCUUCUCCAAGUUUCAGGACCUGUGCCGUCACGGACCAUAUGCCAAUGCCUACGGCGGUGCCAUCAAAGACUAUGGGCCUCCGCCCGUGGCAUCGAGACGAGAGCUCAUGCUGUGGCUUUGUGCGGCGGAGAAUCGCUGCUUGAUGAGGGCAGGCUUGCCAACGAACCGCUGCCGCUACUUUGACCUUAUGUCCAGGUGGCGGUACGCUGAUGGAUACUUGUAGCGCAACGAUCAUGCGACCAACA